GCUUCCAUUUAUAAUUAUUCAAAUUUUGAAUGAGAAAUUGAAGUUAUUAGCCAGUUUUACAUGCUUUGGCUUUGGAAUUCGAGGCAGUGCUCCUGACAUCUGAUGGCUGUUCUUCAAGAUGCCUUGUGAUAAAUUGCAAGUAUUUUCAAAGGAGUCCAGUGUUUGCAGCAUGCAAUGGCUCAUCGCAGUCGACGGCGGCUCUAUGAGACUGCCUUUGACAGCAAGGUGGAAAAGCCCCUGGAAGAAGGCAGCAGCGACCUGUUAGACCGCAUUGCCAACCACCCCAUCUUGCUUCUGCUGAACCCUCGCCGGCGCUCACGACAGUCCAACAAUAAUUCAAGCAAACAGAAAACUCCUCAUGAUAAGAAUCUCAACAUUGAAACUUCUGAUCAGCCAUCUUCAGUACAUUAUGCCUACCAUCAUGACAACCCCAUCCUGCUGCGCAGCCCAUGCCCUACAACUGUGCUACCAAAGGCUAAGUUCCAGGGCUCAGGAACGCCCCGGUGUGGUCGACGCGGUGCCCGCGCUCGCGUGUGCCCACCGCCUCGCUCGCUGUCCUCCCAUCACCUCCUGAACUCCUCCCUGCGGCCCAUCGGCCUCAGCAAGAGUGAUGACCAAAUCCUCAACCGAGUCUCAGACUCGCCUGAUGACGAGGACUGCUUUGAGGAUUAUGUUGAGGGACGACAAGCUGAGGACCUUGCCAGGGACUUAAUCACUCUGCACCUCAACGCUGACGAGAAUAAUAGGCGCUCUUCAGAAGGAUCUGCUCACUCUUGUCACGUUGAGUCAGCCUGUGGGCGGGACAGUCGGCUCCAAAGGAAGGUGGUUGAGUGCUUACCUAAUCAACCGCGUCGUUUUAUGAGUCGGAAAGGCGUUGCCGAGAGAGGCUUGAGUGUAGAUAGCAGGAUAAAUGAUGCAACUUGCUCAUGGGAUUGUCUCAAUGAUAAUUGCCAUCACCAUCAUGAUCAUCAUAAUCUGAGCAAGUAUAAUCAAAAUGAUGUGGCCUCCCCACGUGGUGCUUCUUCUAUUCGUUCUUCAUCCAUAUUAGCUCUUCACCAUCCCAACGUGAGCAGCCCUCGAAUGCAACACCAUGACCGCCUACUGCACGGUAGCGGCAGCAGUAGCAGCAGCAGCCUGCAUCACAGUCCACUCUUGCAACACGCAUCUUCUGCUUCACCUAGCCCCAAAAUUUUUCACGUUAGAAGUGAGACUUCUAGUCCGAGACAGUUGUCUUACAGUGCUUCCCCUAGCCCUAAGCUCAGCACUCACAGCUCUUGUGCUAGUCCCAAUAUCCGGCACUCCUUCAACACUCCUAGUCCUCGCCUCCUAAAGAGCAGGAACACGAGAGCCCCCCAAACUGCUCUCUUAAGUCCACGCUUACUUCAUCUUACAGCUUCUGCCAAUACUGAUGCAUAUAAUUUAACAAUGUGUAGUUCAGCUCGUUCAACUCUGAGCACGUCUGCCGCCAUUGCACGUGUGCUACAGGGCCCUGCAGAUUGCAGCAGCGCCCCUACUAUUGCUUCUCCUGCCUCUUACUCUCAGGGUAAAAGUAAACUGUCCAUUGAUGAACCGUCCGCCAGCGGCUACAGCUCCUCCAGAGUGUCUCCGUCUGGUAAGUCUAGCCUCCGGGACCUGAAGCGCUCUGAAGGCUUGGCCAAACUCAAGCCUCUUGAGCUCCAUAGCCCUCCUGGUACUGCUCCUUUACCUGUUAAGUUUAUUAAGAAGCCUCCGCUUUCUGAUCGAAGUCCGUCCAGUUGGUUCAGUCCGCCAAGACAGAAAGAUCUUAGUUUACCCAUCAAACGGAGCAGUCAGAGUCGGUCUAGCUCAAGUGAUGCGAGUAGCUCCGACCGCGCACCUUACAAAUCUCGUGUGAAGAAAUCUUCCUCGAGCACUCGAUGCGAGGGCGAGAAACGCCCCACCACUACACCUUCAAGUGCUAGAGCUCUCGCCACCAAUAGCGAGACGAGCAUUAACUCGUCCAUGGAGGUACUUGUAGAUACUGCGUCUGAGUCUGGCAUCAGCAUGCCUCCACACGCUGGGGCUAAGACCUCCAGCCUUAGCUUAGACAGCAUAGCGAGUGGGACGAGUAGCAUGGAGAGCCUCAAGAGCAGCGUUAGUGAAGGGGCUGGUGCUGUGGGAUGGAGGAACAUGGGUAGCAAUUCUUCGUUACCCCUACGGCCAUCCCUACUGCUUCCAGCUACUCAUCGCUCUCUGAUACAGUCGGCCAAGUUCCAAAUCUUGUCUCCGAUCUCGGACAAGUCACAGGAGCCGAGCAGCACCGACACUGGAGGGCCCAUCGUGGGGGGGAUGGGUAUUGUGGGGGGCGGGUCCCAGCACACCUCCCCUCAAGACCUUCUGCAGCAGACCCCGCUCAAGUGUCGCAACAUCAGUGAAGACUUUCGUAACAUUCACCACAUCAUACCUGGUCCUCUGUCGGGCAACAAAGGGCAUGUCGGUGAGUCUGACAGCGGCAUCAGCAUCGAAUACGGCCAUCAGUCCUCAGGCAGCAACGUCCUCAAAGACUUGCCUUUUGAUAUGCCGAAACUACGGCGCCGCUUAGCAGCUGCUCACUCAUGCCCCUCCAACAGCGACUCUUCCCUCGCGAGUUGCGGCAGCAGCCUACAACAACAACAACAGCUGCAACAACAAACCCCUGCAGGACUUGUUUCCGUGUGUAACCCCGCUAUAUCGCGGGUCCAGGCGUGUGAAGUUCAGAGCGGCACUUCUUCCUCAAAUUCAAGUCUCUGGGAGGCAGGGUCUUCCGCCAGUAGCAGCAUUGAAGGCACGCCGCGUAAAGCCGUCCUCAGCGCACGCGGCAGCCUCGUGCUCGACCUCGGGGGCUUUAAUAAACUCGUGGCCCCCACCGGCGAGGAGGUUGAUGUCUCGGUACCCUUGACGAAGCAGUCUUGGUAUCACGGCAAAAUUAAUAAAGGCGAGGCUGAGAAACUUUUACGCUGUGAAACCGAAGGGGCGUACCUCGUACGGUCCAUUGACACACCGAGGUGGGAGUACAGCUUGGCGCUUAAGGCAGCCUCUGGGUUCAUGCACCUCAAGAUUCAGUAUCACAGCGAGGCAAACGGCUUCAAAAUGGGGCGUGGAGAUCAGCUCUUCCCUUCGGUGCCGCACAUCGUCCACCAUCAUUCCAUCCACAAGCUGCCGGUCAAAGGAGCUGAAAAUAUGUUCCUCGUCAAGCCCAUCAUCAGUGAGACGUUGUAGCAAACGAAUCUAUGUGCAUUUAUACAUGAAAAUUAAAUUUAACUCACUAUUGUUCCCGCUGAAUUGUUUUUACACGCUCUGUGCAAUGGAACAGAAUGUGGGCGGCUUGAAUUUCAGUUUACUGCAUUUUGGUGAUGAUGAAUCUUAUUUGAGAGCAGAUAGGCUUCAUCUGCUCUAUUUGCAUUAACUCCUCAAUAAUUUGCUUCCCUGUACAGGUUCACUUUCUUGCCUUCAGCAUUCAGUGGUGAAUCUUUCAAAGCCGUAAAUCUUGCUUCCUGAUGUUGAUAAUUGAUUGACAUAUAUAGAGUACAGUAAACGUCAUAUUUUCAGGAUCACCUCUCACUGGUCUUGCAUCACUUGCUCAAUUGCCGUCUUGAUGGCUGCAUCAAUACCAGCAUACCAAAAUGUAUCCAUAGUUAUUAUUUGCUUUUACUUGUUGUUCGGUCUUGCUGAAAUCUACGAACUCCACACACGUCUCUCGACUUUGUUGGAAGCUUAGUGUAUUGUGUAGUACCAGCUUCAUGAAGACAUGAAUUUUGCGCUAGCAUGUCUAAUUUGUUGCUCAUGUCUAGCACAUUACUGCUGAUGUGUUAGUAAACAUUUACCUGAACAUGAGAGAAUAUUUCUCUGAUCUUCAUAUCAUAUUCAUGAAACGUUUAUAAAUCUGUGGCUGGUUCUGCUACCACCAAAUUUUGUGAUGAUGAUAUCCUUUGAACCGGACAAACCUCAAACCAGUACGUCAACACAUGAGCUUCAAUUUUAUUUGAUAAUUGUGUUUGUUGUAAGAAUAUUUAUUGUUCGCUUUGUGCGGGCGUUUAGUUAUACGCACAUACGUCGUAACUCGGCACGCAUGUUCGUCAUGUGCAUGCGUCCUAAGGUUAGUGCUCGCUUUAAUGAUAAUUAUUGGCUCGUUUCUUUACUUAUUCAGAAUGUGUUCGCUAUAUUAAGGUUAUAAAGAGGCGUUAGUGAUGACGCCACAAUCGAGGCCUCUCGUGUAUACGGUACAACCUCAAGCGUGUGUUUCAUCCCAACGCCUGAAACGUUCUAUCAUUUUCAUGAAUUUUCUUAGGGAAGUAUGAACCGCGCUCGUGUCUGGAUGUCAACUAUCAAAUGAAAGCGGGUGUCUUGAAGUGUAACUGUUUAAAACUUGCUGGUGAUCAAUGAAUACUCAUGAAUCUAAGUAAGGUGUUGAAUAUAUUGGGCGUACGUAUUCUUAUAUUGAACUGCAGCAGCACGAUGCUGGCCCAGCGACAAUGCCAUGUCCGUCCGUGUAUACUUUAUUGUCCAACCUAAUUAUUUUGUACAAGUAAUUUUUCCCAUAUUGAAAGAUCUCAUUUUUGGAGAACUAAUUUUUCAUCAUAACUCAUUCAAUCUUUUCCUGGUGAUCACUUCUUUGACUUCAUAGCGCACCUCUAAUGACUCUACUAGAAUAUUUCAAAAAAAGUUGCCACGAGAACUGUUGAUUGUGUGCUAUUUUAUCAAUCGCCUCCACUGUCCUGUAACUGUUCUAUUGUUGAUCUUCCUUAUAUUAAUCCGAAACCAUUUUCAAGUAUAAAUCUCAAUUCUCUACGCCAUUUUACUAGAAUUCUUUCAAGUCUCAUUCAAUUUCUCUGCUGUCGCCCUAUUCGAGGCUGGAAAUCUGUCUGCACUUGCACUUGGGUCUUCGCGCCCUUUUCAUCUCUUCUAAUUCUUAAUGGCAAGCAAAAUGAAAAGAAACCAUCCAUUGAGGACCACAGGAAACCUGCCAAACUCGCGAUACCGACUUCGUUGUUGGUGCCAAAACGUAUGCAUAGAAAGUAGCAUGAGGUUAGUAGUGCAUGAAAUAUUAAGACUUUAUAUUCUACCCAAGUGGAUUGAGAUGAGCUUUGCCAUGUAACCAAUUUUUCAUUUUUAGUUACUUCAGCCUUCAACGGGACACGAAAUUAUAAUUAUUUAUUGUAACUAAAAUUUUAAUUUAGUUAUUGUUACCUCUUGACUGGGAGUACAAUGUGCGUGCGAUCAGGCGAGUACUGAGAACUAAAUUCCAGCACGACUUCGAAGUCAAGAGAUAGUGUUAUCAAUCCUCGCAAGCUGCUCGAAACUAAAAAAAGUAAACUUAAAUUAAUUUUCAAUUAAAAACUUAAAUUAUUCCAAACAUUCUACUUUGUUUAUCACGCCUGUGUUCAUAAACAGUCAUACGCACGGUUAAGGUUCAUUAAAUAAUUUUAACCUUAAUUUUGCAUCUGCUGCUAUUUAUGUGGACAUUGCAAAUUAAUAGCGAAUGUAAAUUACCGGGCGAGAUAGCUCACCUCACAUUGCGCGAGUGAUAUUCAUCCAUUGUUGACGCUCUUAUAAUUAAUACAUAUCUCGGAUAUGUAUAAAUUUCUAAGACCUUACUGCGCCUAAUUAUGAUAAAACUUGAAUUUUUUUUCUUUGAUGCCCAAUUUGAUCAAUACUUUCAUUUGAUUUUUAUUAUCUUGUGUCGUGACAAAGCUUGUGUCUCAGUAUAUCUUGGAUAGGAGAAAUUCAUAUCUAGAUUAGUGCUUAAACUUGUGAGACCCCAGCAAGUUAGACCCCCAGCAACUUUGUUGUCCAUGUGACGUUGACUUAUUUGUAGACCGCAAUAUGGCUAGUUAGUUUUUGAGCUGAGUUAUUAUAACGAUGUUAGUAUAUUUCACAUCAUUCCAAGUACUACAGUAUUCAGUUCUCCUGUGUACAUUUUUUAUUUGGUGUUUCUAAGCAGAUUGUCUGUCGUAGGCUGCGAGUCUGUAUGUUAUAAUAUUUUGUAGAGUUCAUAGCGUUGCGUCUUACGAGUAGCGAAUGUUUCUUAACUUUUUAGCCUUGAGCGCCUAAUGUGUAGAAUUUUGCAUAGAUUUUUUUUUCAGUUGAGUUUUAAUUAACUUCAAGGUUAACCCGGUGUUUUCAGUUUUUUGGAAUUGCUAGUUGCAGAAAAAGUCAAUAUCAAAUCAACAAUAUAAAAUAUCAACAAAUAAGAUAUGGCUUCUAAAUUGAAAUAUCUACGUCUUCAAAAAUUUAAUUACAUCUCCAAACUGAUGUUUAUAUCAAAAGGUUUGUUACAACAAGAAAAAAAAGUGCGCUUUUGGGUGAAAUAUUUUCUUCCUUCUUCUAAAUAGAUUAGUGCAUGAAUGACUUCUAACUAUUGUUAAGUUCUUUUCAAGCAUCGUAAGCUAGUUUCAAGAGAAGAUGAUGAAGUCCCAAGAGAAUAAUUGCUCAGUACAUUUGCCAAAGAUAUCUCGAGUACCUCCCUUAUGGUAGUAUUCCACUGAUAAGUUUCAUCAUAUUUAAUGACGUUGUUCUUAGUGCUUAAGGUUUAGUUUCAAACGCUCGACAGCAUUUGCUGGUUGUUGUAAUGAAAUGCUCUGUGAUUCUUAGAAUACUUUUGUUGAGUUUUGUUCAUUUAAGUAUUAUCAAUAAGUGCAUUGGAUCUCGUCAUGCGUUUGGUAUUUGUGUUCACAAUGUCUGCAGACACGACAAGGAGCAGCAAGACCGUAAUGGGAAUUAUUGUUACAUUUUAUUGAUCUUUUCUUACGCACCAACACGUUUCGACGGCUUGAUGAACGUUUGCUCGGGAUUUUUUAUCUGAAAUAUUCCAGACCCGGGAGUUCACUGAAAUAUUUUUUUCGCUGAAAAUAUUUCUUUUUUUUUCGUAAUUACACUAAUAAAACUGCUGCGCCAAGUUGAGUGAUAUCAAUUUGUGUAGUUUUUCUCUGUUUGUCAAUUUAAUUAAAUUGGUAUGGUAUUGUGUGAUAACAAUUCAAAUGGGCUUGUGUCAUACCAAUUUAACAAAUAGGCAUGAAUAAAAUUACAAAUAUGUGCCUGCAGAAAAUGUUAUAAUGCGUUCUGUAAUGCCGAAGCAUUUGUUCCUAUGUUUUUUUAAUGACUUUUUUGCAAAGGUUGCGAUUGGUUAACGUCAUCGGGUAAAUAAUUCAGGAAUGAUAGCUGGGAGUGUAAAUUUCGUGCAUAAUUGUUAAAGUUAUGCAAUUAACUCGUCAAUUUAUGUACGUUUCAUUUUUUAAUAUUAGUACUAAAUGAUCACUGGAUGGGGCGGUGAUUUGUGCGUUUAUGUUGUGAUGGCAAGUCAUGAAGUACGUGAAGUUUUCAGUAGUUAUUUUCUGACAUGUCUCUUGAGUGAAGAAUUCUUCUAAAUUCCUGCAGUGGAACGAAGGAAAAACUACGUUAUUGUAUGAUUUCAUUAUUUUGGAUCAAUGGAAAUUGUGCGUGCGCUCAAAUUUUAACACGAUCAAGAGAUUUUUGAGGAGCUCUAUAUUUCAGGAAAACAAUGCAUAAAGUGUCGUAUGUCUUACUGAAUCUGUUUACAAUUAAAUAUUUCUAUCGUUGGACGCGGAACAUCUGAAUGGUUAGAUUGACCACGAUGCGAACGUUCCAAUGCAGCGCACUAAGUUACUCAGGGGCAUUGGCUGGCGGCUGAUAGGGAUCUCAGUAUACAAUGACUACAGCUUAUCAUACGUCCGUUCAUUUGUAUCCCGUAGUAAUAAGCUUUGCAGUAUUAAAAUUAUGAUGCUA